AUAUAAUACGAAUAGGAGUCACAUCCCUUAUGACAAUGAUGAUUGUACAUGCACUUGAUAGUUUUCAUUUCUGUCCAUUUCAAGGAGGCGCUGGAUAAAAUUUGAGGUGAAUAUUACAGAAAAAGAAAUAGUGAAGCUCAAGUGUUUUUUUUUUUUUUUUUUAAAUUCCUUUAGCCCAUGAAUAAUGAAGUGAGGUUAAGGGCAAUCACAAUGGUUAUAGAUUGUGGUGUAUUUUUAUAUACAUGAUCUCAAAAACUAAUGGCAAAUUACGUUGACAAAAUGACACACAUUAAUAAUUGUAUGUUUAGAGAGGAAAAAUCGUAUAGUUAGUGCCAAAAUUGAAAUAAUAAUAACAAUAAAACAACGAAAAGAAAAGAAAAGAGAAUAAAAAUGAAAGAUGUAGAAAAGAGGAUAGAGAAAGCAACUGCAUACGGCCCCAUCCUAUGUCUACUCAUCACUAGUCCAAUGAUGUGAACUUCAUCUUCCUCCCCAAUCUCUCUUACCCUAUUCUUUUCACCUCUCUAUCACUCACUCGCUCUCCUCUCUCUCCAAAACACUCAUUUAUUCUUUCCGGAAAACCAAAAUAAUCUCUGCAAAUAUUCUUGGUGAUCGAGAAACCAUGUCGGGUGAAAGAGGAAAAGAUUUAGCGGAAGGAUCCAGUGAACUCCAUCAGCAACACCAACCAGCUACUCCAAGCAGGUAUGAAUCCCAGAAAAGGAGGGACUGGAACACGUUUGGUCAGUACUUGAAGAAUCAGAGGCCACCAGUACCACUUUCUCAAUGCAAUUGCAACCAUGUUCUUGAUUUCCUUCGAUAUCUUGAUCAGUUUGGUAAGACUAAGGUUCAUCUACAAGGCUGCAUGUUUUAUGGGCAACCUGAGCCCCCUGCUCCAUGUACUUGUCCACUACGCCAAGCUUGGGGUAGCCUGGAUGCUCUUAUUGGUAGGCUUCGAGCUGCCUACGAAGAGAAUGGAGGAUCACCGGAGACAAACCCGUUUGCUAGUGGUGCCAUUCGAGUUUUUCUUAGGGAGGUUAGGGAUUGUCAAGCUAAGGCAAGAGGGAUCCCAUACAAGAAGAAGAAGAAGAAGCCUAGUCCAAGCAAGGGGAAUAUUGAUGAAUCAACCUCCGCCUUUCACUUCUCUUAGAGACCCAUGGCUGUUCUGAAUCUAAUAUAUGGAUCUUCUUGUUCAUGCAUGUGGUGAGAGAACGAAGGAGAAAGAAAUGGCAGAAGGGUGAAUAUUAAUCUUGUGAAGUUGCAAUUUUUCUACUGCUCAAUAACUAGUAUAUAUGAUCAAGGGAUGGAGCUGAUUUCAAGAACUAAUUCAGCCAUGAUAAUGUUCUGAUGAGUCUUCUCUUGUUUGUUAUUUACCCUUUCUCGAAUUUGAAUGCUAGCUCUUCAUUUGUAGAUCAAACUUGUUCAUAUUCCUCCACUUUUAUGCUUGCUGCCACUAUUUUCAAUAAUAAUAUGAAUGCAAGUAUUAAUAUGUA